CAUGUAGAGAAUAGAAAUAAUGCCUAUUUGUGGGACUGUUCUUAAAUGGUCAGCAUGUUGCAAGCUGCACAUUUAGACAGAGACAAUUAAACAUGUGUCUCUCUAGACACUAUAAGUUCUAUAUGGAGACCUACCAUGGGUAAGAGACCAAAUCACAACAGCCUAGGAAUGGGGUAUGUGUUUAUUGGUGUUAGAGCCUGGGGCGAGUCAGACUGUGACCUAUGGCUCCUCAGCUGUUGUUGCACUGCAACUCUCUAACGCUUUACACAGAGCACUGAUUUUCCUCUGUUCUGUCCUCGUCAUUGAGCCGGGAAGUGUUGCGCACUGUUACCUAGUUAGUUGCCAUGUGUGACUACUGAAUACUGUGCAGCUGGCUCUGUGUAUCAAUUAGAAGUCAGAAACAACACUAACUGCUCCCUAGGAGAGCACCUCUGAGGCUUCUCAGCUACCAGACUCCCUCCCCACCUUCCUUCUCUUCUCCCCUCCCUCUCCUGCUUCUACUGCCUCCCCCCUGACUGUUCCUCCUGUGGAGUAAAAUUUCAGCAGACACCAGAAAAAGCAGUGGAGUUGAAACAGAGGAGAGAUCUCCCCUCGUAUCUCUAUCUGAUUAUCACAGGAGUUCCCCUUGGAAAUGGGAAGUCGCAGUUUUAGUUGCUGGAUGCAUGAAUCUGAUUGGCUGCAGACUUGGGACAAUUGAGCUUCUGAGUUGAAAUACUGUAAAGAAGAAGGUGGCUGGAGGCAGGGAUUUAAGAGGACCUUACCCAACAUGGUACAACCUGGACUUAUGCUCUGCUUGAGGUGCCUUUCUGUGGAUCUAUCUAGGGAUAAGGUUUUGCUGGAAGGUUUUAAGAUUUUAAAGGGAAACUUUUUUUAACAUUUGGGCAGGGAAGAAGAGGUAUGGAAGAGGGUCUUAAAUGUUAAGCUUCCUUUCCAUUUUGGGUAGGGGAACUGCUGAAACUUGGGAUUGGAAGAAGGUGGAAGCAUCUCUAGGUGCUUAGUCUGCUUAGUAUAAGGGGUAUAAAUAAAGGUUGGGUAAUGGAAAGGGUAUAAAACGGAUUUGGGGGAAGGGUCAUACAAUGGAAGACAUGUAAAACUUUAGGGUGAAAGUUCCCUACGUUCAUGCAGUUUUAGUCAAGCAAUGGAAAGUAGUCAAAAUUUAAAGUGAAACCUCUCAAGGGGCUCUAUAUUCAGGGGUGCCAUUGGUGGUGCUAAAAGACAGCGACCCAGCUAUGAACUUCUCCAGGGAUUCCUUCACACUGAACGUCGGGGGCGUCAGGUAUUCUUUCUCGCAAAAGGUGAUUAAGGAUUUUCCCCUCCACAGGGUGAGCAGGCUGCAUGGCUGUUCCUCGGAGCAGGACGUGCUGGAGGUGUGUGAUGACUACGACCAGGAGAGGAACGAGUAUUUCUUUGACAGGCACUCAGAGGCGUUUGGCUUCAUCCUGAUGUAUGUGAAGUAUGGGAAGCUGCGAUUUGUGCCGCAGAUGUGUGAACUCUCCUUCUACAACGAGAUGAUCUACUGGGGGUUAGAACGUUCUCAGCUGGAGUACUGCUGCCAGCGGCGCCUGGAUGAGCGCAUGUCGGACACCUACACCUACAUGUCGGAUGAGAGCAAGCCAGACGAGAGUUGCAACCUGAAUGAUGAGCAACAGCAUCAGGAACCUGAGGAGAAGAAGUGGCUGGAGCGCAUGCGGAUGACUUUUGAGGAGCCCACCUCCUCCCUGGCAGCUCAGAUCUUGGCUGUGGUUUCCAUCAUCUUUGUGAUUGUGUCCAUGGUGGUCCUGUUUGCCAGCACCCUGCCCGACUGGAAGACCGCAGAGAAUCACAGUGUAGAGGAGCACAGGCAUAAAGCCAGUCUGUGGGAACCUUCAGGGAUAAUUGAAGCAAUCUGUAUCGGGUGGUUCACUGCCGAAUGCAUAGUGCGCUUCAUCGUCUCCAAGGAUAAGUGUGAAUUUGUGAAGAGACCCUUGAACAUCAUUGACUUGUUGGCCAUAACGCCUUACUAUGUCUCCGUGUUCAUGACUAUCUUUACAGGGGAAAAUCCACAGCUGCAGAGAGCCGGGGUCACACUGAGAGUUCUGAGAAUGAUGAGAAUAUUCUGGGUAAUUAAGCUCGCUAGGCACUUUAUUGGCCUUCAGACCCUUGGCUUGACUUUGAAACGUUGUUACAGGGAGAUGGUCAUGCUGCUGGUCUUCAUUUGUGUCGCCAUGGCCAUCUUUGGUGCCCUUUCCCAGCUCCUUGAACACGGCUUGGACCUUGAGGCCAAGAACGAGGAUUAUUCCAGUAUCCCUGCAGCCUGCUGGUGGGUGAUAAUUUCCAUGACCACAGUUGGGUACGGUGAUAUGUACCCUAUCUCUGUCCCCGGUAGAAUACUGGGGGGAGUGUGUGUGGUCAGUGGUAUUGUUUUACUCGCGUUGCCUAUAACGUUCAUCUAUCACAGCUUCGUGCAAUGCUAUCAUGAGCUGAAAUUUAAAUCUGCUAGGUAUGGAAGGAGCUUAUCAAAUGAAUUCCUAAACUGAUUUUGCCGGUCAUCAUUAACUACAAAACCUGCUGGCUUCAUGCAACUGCCAUCUCACUGCACCUUGGCAGCAACCUCCUUAGGAUUUUGAAGUUUCUCUUUUAAUUGAAGAACAUAGCCAAGUGUUAUUGCUAAUAGAAAAGCUGGCCUUUGGGUUCUUCAAACUGUGGGGGACAGGGGAGCGACAUGGACGUAGCCAACAUUCCUGUAACCUGGCAGUUAUUCCAUACUGUAUCACUGUAUGGGGGCAUAAACUGAAUGGGGGAGUAUUAUUCUUAAGAAGCAUUCCAAAUGCAGGGGGGCAAAGUGCAAUAUUUAACACAGUGGGUCGUUUUCCAGGUAUUUUUGGAGGCAAUGCCAAGGAUCUGUGGGAAUAACUAUAUACACAUCAAGACAUUGACGUUUUAGCAGUUCUGUUACAAGUACUAACUAUAUAAUUAUAAUAAAAUGCAAGGAAUGGCUACAUAUUUUAUAAAAUAUAAAGCAAAAGUUAUAUUAUUUUAGUUACAGCAGUUCCCAAGCAGGUGGCACCUUCCAGUCCUCCGCGAUCGUUGUGUGCGUUUAUAGAUGACAAAUGAACCAGACUGAAAAAAAAUGAAUUAUAUCUAAAGUCAAACUGUGUUAUAAACUACUUGCUUGUUAUAUAUCUGGGCCUUUUGUAAGUACAAAAUAUAUUUUCCUUAGAAUUUACCUUUAUGUGAUAUGUAUUUUCUCACUAAAAUAACAAUUAAAUAAAAUAUAUUAAAUAUGAUUUGCCUUUUUUGAGGAAAGAGAAAGAAUUUGGACUUUUUUGGCUCUUGGAGACGGUUUGGGAUUCUAGAUAUGGAAUACGAUUCCUGUGCACAGUAGUGUGUAGAUAAGGCAUUAAUGCCACAAGAGAUUUUUAUACCAAGAGUUUCACUGGGGAUCUUUGCCAUCAACCAUUAAAGGGCAAAAAAAAUCUAGAGUAAACUGAGAUUAUGAGUAACUGCAGCACUUGUGUAUGUGUCUGCUUGUAGAGCAGCAUAAUCUGUACUUAUCCCUCUAGUCAGCUGGUAUGGGUGAAUAUACUUAUCUUCCAUUAACUUUAUAUUGAAAGGGAGGCAGCUUAGACAUUUUUGCCUAUUUCUUAUUAAUAUAUGAGCCAGUUUAUCAAACAAUAUCUGCUAUUGGCCUGAAGCAGAGCAGUGGUAGCUCCUACCAGUUUUGUUCUGAAUUAUACUUGAUUUUCACCCUAAUCAGCCAACAGGUUGCCCCUCCUCUGUACAUCUUUGGGCUUCCCUGGAGGACCAGUCUUAGGAACCACUGUUUUAUUGUGCGAUAGAGUCCCUUUCUCUAAAAAAAAGGGUUUUAAGUUUUGUCAGGGUUCCUACAUCAGGAGGAGAGCACAGGGGAGGAGGCUGAGUUAGAAGGAACGACACGUAUUUGAUGGAGCAACAAUAUCAGUGGGGGCCGGCCAAUUAUCUUUGAACCUAAACCAAGCUGUGUUAUAAGAAAUAUAAUGCUUAGUAUUUUCCUAGAUUUAUUGAUUCAUUCUUUUACUAUAGAGCAGUGGUUUUCAGACCUUUUGGAAACAAGUAUCCCUUUUUGGUCCAACAUUUGACCAGGGAGCCCCUGAUAGCAAACUUAAGUCAAAGAAAUGUGAAAAGAGUAUCUAGAACAUCAAAAUUUUCAGUUGGAAGCCCAUGUCUAUUCAUUUGGGCUCCCCAAAUAGAAACCCUUGUCAUAGAGAUUUAGAGGUGUUUUGCCAGCUGUUUUCCCAGUUUAGAAGUGGCACCUGGCAUACUGGCCCUUGAAAGUCAGCCUCAUAUAUUUUGCCAUCUUUGGCAUGUAAGCACCACAUACACUGUGUCAUGCACAAACAGGCUAAUUAAAUUUAUCAUUCUUUUUAUUUUUGGUUCAGAACCAGAAUGCCAUAGGAAACCAAAGCAGGGUAUUUUAAGAGCCCCGCUUUGAUUUCCUAUGGAAUCACCCGACACAAUCACCUGGUGAAGAGUUUUGAGGAGAAACACUGGCUAGCCGCUGGGCAAACAUAGCCUUCAUGUUUGUCCAUAGGCCUCAUUUAGAUGCACUGGCAAUGCAGCAAUACAAUGUAGCCAUACCAGCCUCCCGUUUGACACCCGCAAUGACAUUGAGAAUAUCGCCUUCCAUGCUGGACAACCCAGAAGACUAUCACUGUGGUAGAACAUAAGAGUGAGAAAAGGCUCAGCUAACUUCUAAUAAAAGAUAGGGAACUGUUUUGCUACACUUGAAUGAAUCCAAAGAUGUUUCAAUGGUAUUCAGUUGGAGUGAUAUUCAGUACAGGAAAGUAUCACAAUUUGCUUUUUCUAGACAAUCAGAAGAAGACAGAUGAGCAGAAGAUGUAGGCUAAUGUGCCAACCAAUCAAAAUGGCUUUGUUAAUGAAUUAUACAUAGUCACAUCGGAUCCGAUUUGGAAUUAACACAGCUACUUUCUUUAUAUUUUUUUGAAGAUCAGCUUGCACAUAUAUUACGGUUGAGCCCUUGAAAAUACUUUUGGAUGGAUUGUACUUGCACAAAAAAAGUAAUUUUCAGUGUUCCGGCAGUUCUGUGGGUGUGAAAUUCAUUUACAAUAGUUAUGCGAUCCUUACGAGAGUUACUCAUAUUAAUGUGUCAUUGUCUGCUCGUCCAACGAAUAGACACCUAUUUCUUACCUUAUUACAAUCAGUGUAGUAUUGCCAUUAUGGUAAAUCCAAUCCAUGCUCUUCUUUUUAAUGGCUGAUUAUUUUAUAUUUCAAUGGACCAUCACCCAUCAACAGCAGAAGACUGGUAUGAAAGAUAAAUAAAGGUUAUGCAGUAACAUAAUAUUUGCUUUGAUUAAAACUUCCUGUUCUAACUAUUCUCAACUCUUAGGGCAGAGAAACACAUGGGAAUUCGGGGAGAUUAGUCUCCGGCGACAAAUAUCCUCUUCUUUGGGGCGACUAAUCUCCCGAACUGCCUCCCCUGCCUUUAAGGACGAAUACCCCACCAGCUGAGGAGCACAGUUAAUCAAGCCAAGGCACUUUAUUUUGUUCAUGUUUUGAAUUAUAUUUUUAUUAUAUUCUUUCAGUAUAUGCUGCUUGCGUAAUUAGCUUUGUUUAACGUCUAUAAUACUAUUCAAUACAGUUAGGACUUAUUCUUGAAUUGCAUACAUCAGGUUAAUAACUGCCUUACCAUGUAUAUAAUAUUGUUUGGUAUUUGCCAAGCAGUCUUAAGCCAUAUGGUACUGUUGCGGGGUGCCGGUAGGCACUUCCCAAUUGGCUGACAACAAAAGCACAUGUUUUGUGCCAGGAUAGAUGUUUUACUAUGGCAUAACACUGCUCUGUAGGUUUGAAAUAUGUUAGUAUUUACUGGUGUAGGUAGGUAUUGAUGUGUAUAGGUUGAAACUUUGGAAGUUGAACACUUUUGGUAAAGAAAAAAUAAAUAUCUUUAUA